AUGGCGUUUGCUGCUAUAGCAGGAACAACAAUAGCGGCUAGCUAUUUAGAUGCAAAAUACGGCAUAACUAGAGAUAUAAAAACUAUUAUGACGAGAAAUGCUAAAUCAAAAACCGUGCCGCAAAUAAUAGAAUUGGGUAAGAAAGGAUAUGGUUCAGCUUAUUUGCUCGUAGAAGAUGCCGCUAGAAGAUGGCCGAAUAAAGAAGCGCUUGUUUUUCAAAAUCGAAGUUGGACAUUUGCACAGUGUGAACAGGAGGUUGGUAAAUUGGCAGACUGGGCACAAUCUCAAGGACUAAAGCAAAAAGGCAAACCGAAAUUAAUUGUCGUGAGCGAAGACCUCUUACAUAUUAUGGAAAUGGAUGAUUUUAAAAUUCCAAUUGUCGAAUUUCGAUUUAGUAAUAAAGCGUCAAAGAAUAACGAUGACGAUAACUGGAAUGCAACGACAACGCGAACAAAACGUUUAUUCUUGAACGAAUUGCCGAAAAGUGAUUUGAAUAACUUUGUUAGACCGAACAUCAAGUUACACGAUGCAGCAUGUUAUAUUUAUACAAGUGGAACUUCGGGCUUUCCAAAGGCUGUCGAGUUUCUACACCUUCCAUUUAUAUAUCUCGAAUUUACUGCUCCAAUGCGAGGAAUUUCCUUCGAUGAGCGUCGAUAUUGUCCACUGCCACUUUAUCAUACCUCGGCGUUGGCACUUGGACUUUACCCGUGCUGGGGAGUUGGAGCGACAUUUAUAGUCGGGCAAAAAUUUAGUGCCUCAAAAUUUUGGGAUGAAUGUCGAACUACUAAUGCUACCAGUUUUCAGUAUAUAGGUGAAAUCUGUAGAUAUUUGAUGUUACAGCCACCAUCGAUUAACGAUAAAAAUCAUAAAAUUCGUUUGGUUCACGGGAAUGGUAUUCGUAGUGAUAUUUGGCAGGCGUUUAGAGAGCGGUUUGGAAUUGAAAUAAUCGUAGAGGUUUAUGGACAAACCGAAGCAGGCAGUGUGUUGAUCGAGAACAGGAAUUAUGGGUUAUUCGGGCUCGGAGCAAUCGGUUAUCGAGGACCAUUGCUAACUUUACUAGAUAAGUCACAAGUCAUAGUAAAAUUCGAUUUUGAAAAGGGUAUUCCUUAUCGAGAUCCAAAAACAGGUCGAUGCAUUUUGGCUAAAGUCGAUGAGUUAGGAGAAAUGAUCUACCAAGUAGACCCAAAUAUAUCUCGUGGAUAUUUGAAUAUACCACUAAGAGAGGAUCCCAGAAACCUGUUGGAUGUAUUUAAAAAGGGUGAUUUUUGGAGACGUAUGGGCGACUUGCUGGUUCUUGAUAAAGACGGGUGGUAUCGUUUUGUGGAUCGGGUUGGUAAUACGUUUCGAUGGAAAGGUGAAAACAUUUCAUCGCAAGAAGUCGAAAAAAAAUUGUCUGCCUAUCCACAUAUUAUUGAAACGAUAGUCUAUGGAGUGCCACUAAAGACUUAUGAUGGCCAAGUGGGAAUGGCAGCUCUAGUUCUUAAUCCGAAAGAUAAAAAUUCCAUUCAAAAGACAAUGAAAGAACUUCCUCGAUUUUUAACCAGUUGUGGGCUGCCUAAUUUUGCAAUUCCAAGGUUUAUUCGAUUAAUGGACGAGAUGCCAACUACCGUAACAUAUAAAUAUAAAACCAAUCAAUUACGUAAAGAAGGAAUUGAUCGCGUACUCUGUGGAUAUGAUAACUUGUUUAUUUUGGAUCAUGAGCAAUUUAUUUAUAUGCAGCUAGAUGAGAAUAUGUAUCAUAAAAUCAAGAGAGGUGAUGCAAAGUUGUAA